AUGGGCACCACUAAUGCCUUCACCUUCCAGGUCUUCUCUAGCUCUUCUUUGGGGUUCCUGGUGUCUGGCCAAGGCUUGGAGCCUUUGUUUGACAGUUUCCAGUGCUUCCGGUGUGGGCAUCUGGCUGUACCGCUUAGUUUGCUCCUAGACAUAACAGCAUUGCAGUCUGUGUAUGUUAUGGAGUUUGCGGUGGAGGAAAUUAACCGCAACAAGAGCCUGCUGCCCGAAGUGACGCUUGGAUACCGCAUACUGGAUAACUGUGAAAAGGAUAAGCACUCAAGUCAUGUGCAUGUAAUUAUUGGGCCUGCUUCAUCCACUGCAGGAAUAUAUUUGUCUAAUAUACUGAGACCUUUCUCUGUACCAUUAAUAAGCUAUUUAGCUGUCUGUCCAUGUUUAAGUGACAAAGAAAGGUUUCCACAUUUUUUCAGAACUAUACCAAGUGAUAUAUACCAAUCUCGGGCUGUAGCCCAGCUUGCCAUACAUUUUAAAUGGUCCUGGGUUGGGGCAAUAAUAGCGGAUAAUGAUUAUGGACAGCUGGCAAUAAAGGUCAUUCAGGAGGAGAUUGAAGGAAAAGGAGUGUGUCUGGAUUUUGUGAUAUCUGUACACAGAUCAUCUAUUCAAAUAGAUGCCAAAAGAGCAGCGGACGCAAUUCAAGCCUCCAGUGCAAGAGUGAUCUUUAUUGUUUCAUGGUACACUGAUGUUAUUCACAUCUUUGCUGAGCUCGUUGCACGAAAUAUUACUGACAGACACUUUUUGUCUGUUGCGGCUUGGAGCACGAGUGAAGACAUGCUCCAGAAUAAAGCCUUUUCAAAGUUAGGUCUUGGUGUUCUUGGUGUGGCCAUUCGCAGUGCUGUGAUACCUGGAUUUGAAAAUUAUGUCCGAAGUUUGCACCCAUCCCAACGGCCACACGAUGAGUUCUUAAGAGAAUACUGGGAAACAGAGUUUGGCUGUACUCCUCUGUCUUCAUCCUCCUCUCCUCUUCCUCCCUGUAAUGGGACAGAGUCCCUGUAUGGGGUGCAGAAUCACUUCACUGACAUGUCCCAGUUAAGGGUCACAAAUAAUGUUUAUCUGGCAGUUUAUGCAGCAGCUCAUGCCCUCCACAGCCUUCUGUCCUGCCCCAACACUGAGGCCUCUGCUGCAACAACCAACUGCUCCUCUCCUCAGAAUGUCACAUCUGCACAGCUUGUGCAACACCUGAACAAAGUAACCAUCUCCACACCACAUGGAGAGACGUUCGUUUUCCAAGAUGGUGAUUUUCCUCCCACUUUUGAUCUUGUCAACUGGCAAAGGACUAAUGAAGGGACAUUAAAAAAUGUUCUGAUUGGUUUUGUGGAUGAACACGGCAUCCAUCUGAAUGAGUCUGCGAUUCAGUGGGGUACUGAAUCUGCUCAGGUCCCUGUGUCCGUGUGUACAGUGAGUUGUGAGCCUGGGACUCGAAAGGCCUUACGCAAAGGUGAACCUGUCUGCUGUUUUGACUGUAUUCCCUGUGGGGAUGGGGAAGUAAGCAACAAAACAGACGCUCUCCAGUGUGACCGUUGUCCACUUGAGUUUUGGUCCAAUCCUGCCCGAACGUCCUGUAUCCCCCGACAGCUAGACUUCCUCUCCUUUAAUGAAACUCUGGGCAUCACUCUGACCACAGUGGCUGUGUCUGGAGUUGCAGUGACCACUGCAGUCUUUGUGGUGUUUCUUUAUUACCGACAAACACCUAUGGUCCGAGCCAACAACAAAGAGCUGAGCUUCCUACUCCUCGUGUCCCUGAAACUGUGCUUCUUGUGCUCUCUGGUGUUCAUUGGUCGACCGUCAGCCUGGUCCUGUCGCUUCCAGCAGGCCGCCUUUGGCAUCAGCUUUGUGCUGUGUGUGUCCUGUCUUCUGGUUAAGACGAUGGUUGUUUUGGCAGCAUUCCGCUCGGCACGACCAGGUUCAGAGACUUUAAUGAAGUGGUUUGGUCCUCACCAGCAAAGAGGGAGUGUAGGCUUCUUCACCACUAUACAGAUCCUCAUCUGUAUUGUGUGGCUGUGUGUCAGUCCUCCAGAGCCUCAAGUGGACCUGAGUGUGCAGGGGUCAAAGGUCACUCUGGAGUGUGCCAUGGAGUCUGUGCUGGGCUUCUCUCUGGUUCUGGGAUACAUCGGGCUGCUGGCCUGCACAUGCCUCCUCUUGGCUUUUCUGGCUCGAAAACUCCCAGACAACUUCAAUGAGGCCAAACUUAUCACUUUCAGCAUGUUGAUCUUCUGUGCUGUUUGGGUGGCCUUUGUCCCUGCCUAUGUCAGCUCUCCUGGAAAAUAUGUGGUUGCAGUGGAGAUUUUUGCAAUUUUGGGCUCUAGUUAUGGUUUACUUAUUUGCAUAUUUGCCCCAAAAUGUCUCAUCAUUCUCAUUAGACCUGAGAAAAACACCAAAAAGUAUCUGUUGGAAAAGUGA